AUGGACGAAGAAACGACUAGUUUAGAACCAUACUCCCACAAUCUUACACAGAUGCUUCUUAAUAAAGACGAGUUGAUGACCUGCACCUUUUCCGAAGAAUCAAACGAUAAACCCGAGGCCAGUUCAGAAGUGGCAAUCGCUCAGAGAUAUCCUGCGGUCAGCAACAGCCAGCCAAUCGAGACACAAUCCAAAAGCGGCGGCGACUCCCCACCAUGGUCACGCCCUUCCAAUCACGAUUCCUCACUUCAGCGAGAGCUCUAUGACCCUCAACAAGCAUCAGCCGCAGCAUCAACAAUUUCAACGCCAGACAAGCCAGCAACACUAGACAACGCCAAAGUACUUCUACGCAAAGCCGACAAGCUGCUAUUUGGCAAGCUGUCUCGCUCUCACGAUCAAUCAGAAGAGGAUCCUGAGGCUCUCUUAUCGCCUUCCAAUCCAUGGAGCUCUCCAUCUUCCAAUGAGUCCGAGAACGAUCUGAAGAAAGCGAGAGGAUACCUGAGAGCUGCACACAAGAUGCUCGAACUUGUCGGCUUCAAGAGGAAUGACGGGGUUUGGGGAGGUUCGGAUCAUGGAGAAGAUGGAAGUCUAGGCGGAUCGACAGAGCUCGGUGGGGAUGAAACAAUGGAUCUGGAUGCCAAUAUGGGUGGGGUGGAAAGCCAUGUUUCUGUGCUCCAAGGCCGAAUCCGUGAGCUGGAGGCCCAGUUGCGAGAUGCGUUGGCUGCUCUGGAUAGUGAGAGAGGAUUAGUCAGGGAGCUUCGGGAAGAAUUGCGACUACAGGACCUUGACGUUGCCUCUCUUCCUGUUCCUCGUUCCAACGUGUUACGUCCUCGCGCUAUCGGUAGCAGGAACGCUAGUGAUUACUGGGACAAGUUGCCGAAGUUCUCUCCUAAGAAAAAGACUGUGCGCUUCAAUGACUCCGGCACUGGAACAAAACGCGCAACGUCUCACAAUGGAUCUCCUGGAGCGUUUCAUCGAGCCCUACAUUCGAUGAGCAGCUCAGACCUCAUUGCUUCUCAGCAAAAGACUGCCGACACUCAAGCUCAGAGUGGCUGCAUGAACAACGUCAAAAAGCAGUCUAAGGAUCAGAUCGACCGCGAUGAACGCAUGAUCACGGCUCUCCGCGAACACAGCGCUUCUCUUGACAAGCACACCGCUGCUCUUGAGCGCUAUACUGCCGCCAUUAAGGAGCAGACUCGUGGCUCUGACCACGUCUGA